CAAUAAUGGGAUACACUCCAAAUACACUAAUUGUAGCCAUAGUACUAGCCAUACCAUUGUUCACAAAACUCUCUCUAACAACCUUUGUGAGCAUCAAUUGUGGAUCCUCCGAACCUUUCACCGAUCCACAAACCAACAUAACAUGGACACAAGAUGAUGCAUACAUUGAGCAUGGCCAAUCCUUCAAUGUCUCUUUAGGGUUAGGCACAUUCAGCACCCUUAGGGCAUUCCACACUUUGAAGAAGAAUUGCUAUGAAAUUGAAGUCCAAAAGGGAGAAAAGGUUCUUACUAGGGCAAGUUUUUUCUAUGGGAAUUAUGAUAACAAGUUUUCUCCUCCUAUGUUUGAUCUUAUAUUUGAUGGUAAUUAUUGGGGAACAGUGAUUACAUCAAUUUCAGAUCAUGUGGAUUAUGAAGCUAUAUAUGUUACUAAGGGAAACUACACCAACGUUUGUGUUUCUCAAUCAAACCCUAAUCAUAUUCCUUUCAUCUCAUCAAUUGAAGUGCGUGGUUUGGACCCUCAAAUGUACAACCAUCUUCAUCAAAAUCAUUCCUUGAUUUUGCUUAGUAGACGUGCUUUUGGUGCAAAUCAAACUGUCAGGUACCCUGAUGAUGUGUAUGAUCGAAUUUGGAUUGCAAAAAAUAGUGAUCAAGAGUUUAUAUAUAGCAUCCAAAGUGAGGCAUUGGACAUCAACAUUAGCACAGUGGAAGAUCAACCACCAAAAUCUGCAAUCCAAAAUGCAUUCACACUCCCAAACACAACCUUUGGAAUUCAGUACAAUAUAUCUUCACUUCUUCAAUCAACAUCAGAUACUAAUAAUAAUUAUAGUAAUAACUAUUAUAAUAUAUAUAGAGGCCCAUAA